AUGGUUAUUCUUUCGGAAGUCCAAGCAUCCAAUGCCCAGAUCGCCACCGCGCUUCCACCGGGCCUUGUCGCCGUCUUCGUCGGCGGAACCAACGGCAUCGGUGAGGCUGCACUGCUAGAAUUCGCACGUCAGGCUCUUCAGCCCCGCGUCUACUUCGUGGGUCGCUCGCAAGAAGCAGGUGACAGGAUCGCCACCGAGUGUAGGGACUUGAACCCAAAUGGCGAGUUUACAUUCAUGGAAGCAGAUCUCAGUUUGAUGCGAAACGUCGAGGAUGUUUGUCAAGAAAUCAAAAGCAAGGAGAACGCUAUCAACCUACUCUUCCUUAGUUGUGGCGUUGCCAUGACGGGUGUCGAUACGAGUGAGGGUUUACACAUUACGCUGGCUGUAGGAUAUUACGCCAGAGUGAGAUUCACUAUCAAUCUCCUGCCACUAUUGCGACAAGCCACUGGGCUCCGGCGAGUGGUGACGGUCUUGGCUGGAGGACAUGAUGGCCCGAUUGACCCCAACGAUUUCCAAGCCCGACGCAUGUCGAUCUUCUCAUUGCGCGGGCAGGUCGUGUCGAUGACAGACUUGAUGCUUGAAGAGCUCGCCAAGCAAGCGCCCGAAGUUAGCUUUGUCCAUGACUACCCCGGCACCGUGAAGACAGGCAUUGGGAGAGACGCAAAUACCCUGCUGGUGCGAAUUGUUUCGUGGAUUAUGCCGGUGGUUGGACUAUUUCUGUAUAUACCUAUUCAAGAGUCCGGAGAGCGGCACCUGUUCUUUGCGACCAGCGACAAAUAUCCGCCUCGAACGGGCGACCAGGUGGGAGUACCGGGCGGGGUUGGUGUGGCAGAUGGAACCGAUGGCGAGUCAGGUAGCGGGGUUUACAGCAUUCACUGGGAUGGUGAGAGUGUUGCCAGAGUGGUUGGGCUCUUACGUGGGCUGCGGGAACAAGGAAUGGCGCAGCAAGUGUGGAAUCAUACUCAGGGGGAAUUCAAGCGGAUCUUUGGCGCUUGA